AUGGACGGAUUUGACGAUGUUGGCGUUUUCUUCUCGGAUAAUUUCGACGGUGAUCAGCAACAAAACACGAACCAGAUCAACUUGCAGCUAGUGAAGAAAAAGUACCGCGAGUUCAUACGGACGUUUUGCGAGGCCAACUUUUCCUACAAGUACCGGGACAACUUAAAACGUAAUUAUCUGCUUGGUCGUUAUUACCUGGAGGUCGAGAUUGAAGACCUUGCCGGAUUCGACGAAUCGCUGGCUGACAAACUGUACAAACAGCCGACGGAGCAUUUGCAAAUUUUCGAAGAGGCCGCCCGGGAAGUGGCCGAUGAGAUUACUUCCCCGCGACCAGAGGGAGAAGAGGUGGUGCACGACAUCCAGGUCCUGCUUGGCUCUGGCUCGAACCCGACGAACAUCCGUAACCUUAAAUCUGAUAGCGUUUCCAAGUUGGUAAAGGUGGCUGGUAUUAUAAUUGCUGCAUCUGGUAUCAAGGCCAAAGCGACGAGCAUCUCGAUUCAGUGCCGUACGUGCAGCAAUGUUAUCCCGAACCUGCCCGUCAAUCCGGGCUUGGAAGGGUACCAGCUGCCGCGGAAGUGUAACACCGAGCAAGCGGGUCGACCAAAGUGUCCUCUUGACCCGUACUUUAUUAUGCCCGAUAAGUGUCGGUGUGUCGACUUCCAAGUGCUGAAGCUGCAAGAGCUGCCAGAUUUCAUCCCGCAGGGCGAAAUUCCACGCCAUAUGCAACUAUUUUGUGAUCGAAGCCUUUGCGAACGGGUAGUACCGGGAAAUCGGGUGCUGAUUCAUGGGAUAUUUUCAAUCCGUAAGAUCGGUAAUCAAAGCAAACGGGAUGGUCGCGAGAAAGCGAUUGUGGGUGUUCGCGCUCCGUACAUGCGGGUGGUUGGGAUUAUGGUCGAUGCUGAAGGAGCAGGUGCCAUUUCGCGCUUCAACAACAUUACAACUGAGGAAGAAUCAACGUUUCGCAAGCUUGCUGCCAAUCCAAACAUAUACGACUCUCUGGCGGAAAGUUUGGCUCCGAGCAUUUUUGGAUCGCAGGAUAUAAAAAAGGCGAUCACAUGUUUGUUGUUUGGUGGUUCUCGGAAGCGCAUGCCCGAUGGCUUAACUCGUCGAGGUGAUAUCAACAUCCUACUGCUUGGCGAUCCUGGAACAGCCAAAUCGCAGCUCUUGAAAUUCGUGGAAAAGGUUUCACCGAUCGCGGUCUAUACGUCGGGAAAAGGCUCGAGUGCGGCUGGUUUGACGGCAUCGGUAAUUCGUGAUGCGUCCACGCGAAAUUUCAUUAUGGAGGGUGGCGCAAUGGUCCUGGCGGACGGUGGUGUAGUUUGCAUUGACGAGUUUGAUAAAAUGAAGGAAGACGACCGUGUCGCUAUUCACGAGGCCAUGGAGCAGCAGACAAUUUCGAUCGCCAAGGCGGGCAUUACGACGACGCUAAAUUCGCGCUGCUCGGUAUUGGCGGCGGCCAACUCCAUCUUCGGUCGGUGGGAUGAUACCAAGGGGGAUGAAAAUAUCGAUUUCAUGCCCACCAUAUUGUCUCGUUUCGACAUGAUUUUUAUCGUAAAAGACGAGCACGAUCAACGACGCGACAUUACGCUUGCCAAACACGUCAUGAGUGUGCACUUGAAUGCGUCGAAAGCUGCUGUGGAACAGGAAGGCGAAAUACCACUAGCAACGCUUAAAAAGUACAUUCACUACUGUCGCACGCACUGUGGGCCCCGCUUGAACGAGGCGGCUGCGGAAAAGCUGAAAAGCCAAUACGUCCGGCUGCGGGCCGGUGUCGGCGAGCACGAGCGUGCUACCGAUAAACGUCUGUCCAUUCCUAUCACCGUGCGUCAGCUGGAGGCAAUCAUUCGUAUUUCGGAAUCCCUGGCCAAGAUGCAGCUUCAACCGUUUGCGACCGAGACGCACGUUACGGAAGCCCUGCGGUUGUUCGCCGUGUCUACGAUGGCCGCCGCUAGCAGUGGUUCCCUUGCUGGCGCUGAAGGAUUUACGAGCGAGGAAGACACGGAGAUUUUGAAUCGCAUCGAGAAGCAGCUGAAGCGUCGGUUCGCCAUCGGCUCACAAGUGUCUGAGCAGAGCAUAAUUCAGGAUUUUGCGCGCCAAAAGUACUCGGAAGCAUCGGUCCGUAAAGUAAUCCAUACGAUGAUUCGGCGUGGAGAGCUGCAGCAUCGCUUACAGCGAAAAAUGUUGUACCGUUUAUCAUAA